AUGGAUCAAAAGAUUGAAUCGAGUGAAUUAAACACUGGGAAGAAUGUGAGAACAAAAACAUCAUCGGUGCUAAUAUUUUUUGUAAAUGGAAAAAAGGUAAUUGACGCCAAUCCAGAUCCUGAGUGUACGCUUCUUACUUAUCUUCGUGAUAAACUGUAUUUAUGUGGUACGAAAUUAGGUUGCGGAGAAGGAGGAUGUGGUGCAUGUACCGUUAUGAUAUCACGCAUUGAUCGAAACACAAAUGAGAUUCGACAUUUGGCAGUCAAUGCCUGUCUUACGCCAGUAUGCGCAAUGCACGGUUAUGCCGUAACUACUGUUGAAGGUAUCGGUAGUACGAGAACACGUCUUCAUCCUGUACAGGAACGAAUAGCUAAAGCGCAUGGCAGCCAAUGUGGUUUCUGUACACCAGGUAUUGUCAUGUCAAUGUACGCAUUACUUCGCAGUUCACCACAGCCUACAAUGAAGGAUUUGGAAAUUGCAUUUCAAGGUAAUCUUUGUCGUUGUACCGGUUAUCGUCCAAUUUUGGAAGGCUACAAAACAUUUACUAAAGAAUUUUCAUGUGCAAUGGGUGAUAAAUGCUGUAAAAUGAAUGGGAACGGAGAUGGAAAUGGAAAUAGUUGUAAUGGCAACAGUAGCAAUAAUGUUGAUGAUAAGCUUUUUGAAAAAAGUAAAUUUCUACCUUUUGAUCCCAGCCAGGAACCUAUUUUUCCACCCGAAUUGCAGCUUAACACUGAAUUUGAUUCAAAUAGUAUAGUUUUUAAAAGCCCUCGUGUGAGUUGGUAUCGUCCAGUUGAGUUGGAAGAACUACUUCAAAUCAAAGCACAAAAUCCAAAUGCGAAAUUGGUAGUUGGCAAUACUGAAGUGGGAGUCGAAGUGAAAUUCAAACAUUUACUUUACCCAGUACUGAUUAAUCCAUCUAAAGUGAAGCAAUUAAAUGAAAUAAAAGAACAGGAAGACAGCAUUUAUUUUGGUGCUUCUGUUAGCUUAAUGGAUAUUCAAAACUAUUUACAAGAUCUUAUCACUAAACUUCCGGAAUAUCAAACUCGAUUUUUCAAAUGUACUGUGGAGAUGUUGCACUAUUUUGCUGGUAAGCAGAUACGGAAUGUUGCAUCAUUAGGUGGUAACAUUAUGACUGGAAGUCCGAUAUCUGACAUGAAUCCGAUUUUAACAGCUGGUACUGUUAAAAUGCUUGUAGCAGGUAUGGUGGAUGGUCAACUAAAAACCCGAUAUGUGCACAUGGGAUCUGGAUUUUUUACUGGUUAUCGUAAAAAUGUUAUUGCACCACAUGAAGUUUUGAUUGGAAUUUAUUUUCCGAAAACUUUACCAAAUCAAUAUGUAAUCGCCUUUAAGCAGGCACGCCGAAGGGAUGAUGAUAUUGCUAUUGUCAAUUCCGCCAUAAAUGUCUUUUUUAAACCCAACACAAAUAUUGUGGAUCAGAUUUUUAUGGCAUUCGGUGGAAUGGCUCCAACAACCAUUUUAGCACCACGAACAUCUGAAAUGAUGGUCAAACAAAAUUGGGAUCACGUGCUUGUAGAACGCGUCACGGAAAGUUUGUGUGCAGAGUUACCAUUAGAACCUUCAGCUCCAGGAGGUAUGAUUGCUUACAGGCGAUCUCUAGUAGUCAGUUUGUUUUACAAAUCAUAUUUGGUCAUAAGUCAAAAACUAGUAAGUGCCGGCAUUAUACCAUAUAACAGUAUAUCUGAUGAGGAAUGCAGUGGUGCAGAAUCUUUCCACACACCUAUAUUAAAAAGUGCACAGUUAUUUGAACGUGUCAGCUCCGAACAGUCUAUAUGUGAUCCAAUCGGUCGACCCAAAGUGCAUGCUGCUGCAAUGAAGCAAGCAACUGGUGAAGCCAUGUAUUGCGAUGAUAUUCCACGUAUGGAGAAUGAGUUGUAUUUGGCACUUGUACUUAGUACGAAAGCGCAUGCAAAGAUUCUUUCCAUUGAUGCAACAGAAGCAUUGGCAAUGGAUGGAGUGCAUGCAUUUUACUCUAGUAACGAUAUUAGUGAUAACGAAAAUGUUGUAGGGCAUGUUAUUCGUGACGAAACUAUA